CAAUUGCGUAAGCCCUAUAUGCUAGCUCCUCUAUAAAAGCAGCUUAGUUAUGUCUUUCCUCUCCACUAGUAUUUCGCUCUUCAUUUACUUGGUUUACAGGAAAAGCCAGAAAAGAGUGCAAGAAAUGAGGGUUCUAGUGCUUGCUCUUGCCCUGAUGAUGGUAGCUGGAUCUUGCUUGGCUACAGGAAACAGGAAAGCCUUAGCUGUUGAAAGUUCCGAACCUGAAAAAUUGAGCGGACACCAGGACCUAAUCAAGGAUGAUUAUAAUAAGCAUUCUGAUAAUGGAAAAGAUGAAAAUCCAAAUGAUCACCACUAUAUACCUCGGUAUAAAUUUCCACCAUCGCUGUCUAAGUAAAAAAGAAGUGGCAUGCUGAAGUACUGUGCCUGUGAAAUACACCUUAGAAUGGUGAUUAAGUACUAAAUGUUUUGAGCUUUUUCUUCUUAAUUUUCAAUAAUCAGUCUUCACAUAUAAUUUGGCUGAUAAAAUGAUGUAAUCUUGUGUAAUAAUUGCAGUGUGUGAAUAAAUAAAAUCGUUGUGUUGUGUUUAAGUAA